AAAUUGUGGGUGGUGAUUGGUGAGGCUAUUAAAAUUCAACAAUAAUCAAAAUAGGUGAUGAAGAAAAUGGGUGGUCAGUUCCUGGUGCUCUUGUUCCUCAGCUUCGUUGCUUUCUUCUUCAGUUUCUCGCAAGCAACAUCAAUUACUUCAACUUCAAUAAAACCCUUAAUUUUCAUCGAAACCAAUCAGAGCGCCGGUGCUGCUAGGCGUUGCUCAUACACAUUGACAAUCAAAACAAGUUGUUCUUCACCUAAAUACACCAGAGAUAGAGUCAGUAUUGCUUUUGGAGAUGCUUACGGAUUUGAGGUCUAUGCGCCAAAGAUAGAUAAUCCAUCGUCGAAGAUAUUCGAGAGAUGCUCAACGGAUACAUUCCAGAUCCGUGGCCCCUGUAUUUACGAGAUCUGCUACCUUUACUUGAAGAGGGUUGGAUCGGACGGCUGGAAACCGGAGAGCGUCAAGGUGUACGGUUCAGAUCGUCCUGCUAUUACCUUUAAAUAUAAUAAGCUUCUUCCUAAUGGAGUCUGGUUUGGAUUUAAUCACUGUCGUAAAAUCAUGUAGGUUAUCUGCCUCUGCCUCUGCCUCUGCCUCUGCCUCUGUUGGGUAUAGAAUUCCACUAUUGAUGAAAUUUGUGUUUUAAUUGAUGUAUUUAAAAGAUUUAAUCUCUGUUUGUUUGCAUCCAAAACUAUAUUUAUUACCAAAAUAAAAGGUUUUUCGAUUUCUCAGGUA